UUUGUUGAGUAUGCAACCCCUUGCAAUAAAUUUGAGUCAGCACCAAAACGACAGCUCUGCAGUCCUCCGAUGGAGCACUGAUCAGGUGGUUGCAGAGCCCCUGGAAACGGCAGUACGAUGCAGCUGAGGAGGCAAAGCACAACCCACAGACAAACUGUGGCUACCCUGGAGAGUGAGCCGACCUUUGCGUUUCGGUCUUUCAGGGAAACGAUGCACUGAUACUGCAGCAGGGACUAAGGCAACAAUGGAGAACCGGGUCUUGAAGGCAUCGCCCUGCGUCCUGGCGCUUCUCUUCUUCAUACCAGCUGUCCAGGGUAUCUGCCCUUUGGCGUGUUUGUGCUCAGGAAAUGACAGAAACGUGGACUGUUCCAGCGGAAACCUGACCACGCUGCCACAUGGACUUCAGGACAACAUUACCUAUUUAAACCUGUCUUAUAACCACUUUGCUGACCUCAACCACCAGCUCACUCGGUUUGCCAAUUUGAGGACCCUGGACAUUUCCCACAACUGGCUCCAGAGCCUCCCGGCUUAUCUGCCCAGGUCGCUGUGGGAAAUAUAUGCUGCACACAACAACAUCAAGGUCCUUCAGAAGCUGGACACAGCUUACCAAUGGAACCUUAAAGUCCUCGACGUGUCUGGGAAUAUGGUGGAAAGGGCCGUUCUGAUUAACAACACCAUGAUCAGCCUCAAGUCCCUCAACCUCAGUAGCAACAAACUGUGGACGGUGCCCACCAAUAUUCCUUACAACACCGAGAUAGUGGAUCUAUCUAACAACUUCUUGACACAGAUACUCCCCGGCACACUGGCGAGGCUGGCUCAUCUUUCCGAACUUUACCUGCACAACAACAAGUUUGCCUAUAUUCCUGACGAGGCUUUCGACCAGCUUGAUCAACUGCAGCUUGUCACGCUUUACAACAACCCCUGGUCAUGUGAGGAUAACAAGCAGGACCUCUCCUAUUUGCAGAAAUGGAUAGGAGAGACGAGGGCUACCGUCGUAGGGUCGCCAUGCUCAGAUGAGGCCACCACCCCUUGGAAGACUGCCACGCCAUUCUCGGCAGCUCCCACAGCUGCAGAGAGCCACCUCCUUGUUAAAGCUAUGAAGGCGGCAGACGCAGCUGGGUCUCCAGUGGCAACGGAGCAAACCGGACAAGUGCACCAACAGUUUAGAAUGAAGGAGGUUGGCCUGAGCGCCACCGCUGGCCAAACCAUCGCCUUCACGAGCACAGACAGGCCACUGGUCCUCUACCCGGAAGACCUGAGCACAGAGAAACUCAGCUCUUACGAAGCAGCCGCAGCCACAAAUGGCAUCUACAUGCAAGAGACAACCUCUGUGAAUUCAAGCACAAUGGGCUUGGUAGGACCAUCCACCACUCCCAUGACCUUAAGCAUCACCAGUGGGGUGCCUACAAACUACUCAAAGAGACCACAGAGCACAGCUGUUACCGUAAAGAGAGAGGAGACGACCACAAAAAUCAACCCUCGCGCACCCUCCAAGGCAAAUAUUCCCAAGGGGUGUUUGGCCUUCAUCGUAAUGCUUACCACAGUAGCCCUGCAAUCUUGCUAUGGAUUUGUGCUUAAGUGAAUGAAUUGCUUCAUUUAUCCCAUAUUAAUAAAAUGGUCAAAGGGGGGGAAACGCUCAUGUCCCACAAUGAUUCAAAUGCCAAGAAGAAAUGCCCGUUUAGAUUCUGAAAUAUGACCGUAAGCGAGAAGACUGCACAAAAUUAUGUCUUGAUAACCAAGCUGCUACUUACUUUAACUACGUCUUACUGAAAUUAAACAGAGGAAGCCUAAUUCUAUCAAAUAUAAUCGUUUUUAUGAAAUGUGCUUAUUUUGUAUUUACAUUUUUAAUUUUCUUCACACAAAAAAUAUGAAAAAUGUCAGUAUUUUAUGUAUUGAUUAUGAAUAGUUUUGUCAUUAAACAUCUGGAAAAGGAAAAAAAAACCAUGAAAGACCUAUAUUAUAUAUGUAUUGUCUUGCUUGACUUGCCAGAGAGUCUUGUAAUAUAAAAGUGCUGGUCCUUUAUAAA